GUUUUCGGCUGUCAAUUGAGUAAUGGCCGGACUCCUUCACCUGACCAAGCAGUGCAGCAUCCACCUACCCGCCCACUUGGGACGCGCGAAAUGCUACUCACUCGCUAAGGGACCGGUUACCCACGUGCAGGCAAGAGUGCUGUACUCUUCGCUGACUAAGGUUGAUGAUCAGAACAGCAGCGAUGUCAAGCGGAAGAAGAUAACCCCGUUUACGCCCACGCCGGGCAGCAAGCUUCUGGGUGGAGUGUUCGGCAAGAAGGCCAAAGGUGGAGCCCCAGCAGCAGCAGCAAAAACAACAACGCUACAGCGGCAGCGACCUUACCGCCCACAACAACAGCAAUCACGACUAUGUCAUGUUCAUAUAGGGGGCGGCAACGAUGGUGGCUCGGGACUGGGCAAGCUGGACGCGCCGGAGGUCACCUCCAAGGAUAUGCUGCGUGCCAUGAUGGCCUACAUCUGGCCCAAGGAGGAUCCAAUGGUGCGAAAGCGAGUGGGUAUUUCCCUGGGUCUCUUGGCUGGCUCCAAGCUGCUGACCGUCUGUGUGCCCUUCUUGUUCAAAGGAGCUGUGGACACGAUGACAACGCUGAACAUGGACACUGCCCCGGAUGCAGUCCUCUCGGCAGCCACCGCUCUUAUGCUGGGAUAUGGCAUUGCUAGAGCCAGUGCAGCGGGCUUUAACGAGUUGCGGAAUGCUGUGUUUGCCAAGGUGGCCCACCACUCGAUCCGAAAGAUCGCCAGCAAUGUGUUCCUGCAUCUGCACAACCUGGAUCUGGCCUUCCACCUGAACAAACAAACUGGAGCUCUGUCAAAGACCAUCGACCGAGGAUCCAGGGGCAUUAACUUUGUGCUUUCCGCCAUGGUGUUCAACAUAGUGCCCACAAUCUUUGAGCUGGCCCUCGUGUCCAGUAUCCUGGGAGUGAAGUGUGGCCUGGCCUUCGCUGGUGUCAGCAUGGGCUGCGUGGGCAUAUACGCUGCCUACACUCUGAGUGUGACCCAGUGGCGCACCCAGUUCCGCGUCUUCAUGAACCAAGCGGAGAACGAGGCGGGCAACAAGGCCGUGGACUCGCUGAUCAACUACGAGACGGUCAAGUACUUCAACAACGAAAAGUACGAGGCGGGCUGCUACAACGAGGUGCUGAAGAAGUAUGAGGCGGCCAGCUUGAAGACUAGCUCCAGUUUGGCCCUGCUGAACUUUGGCCAAAACGCCAUCUUUAGCAGCGCCCUGAGUCUGAUUAUGGUACUGGCCGCCAAGGAGAUUGCCCAGGGCAACAUGACGGUGGGAGACUUGGUGAUGGUCAACGCCCUGCUCUUCCAGCUCUCGAUCCCGCUCGGUUUCCUGGGCAGUGUUUAUCGCGAGGUGCGACAGGCUUUGCUGGACAUGCAGGCCAUGUUCACAUUGAUGAACGUGGACAGCAGCAUUCAGACGUCGGCCAAUGCCCAGCCCCUGUUUGUGGACACCACCAACUCAUCCAUUGAGUUCCGCAAUGUGAGCUUCGAGUACGAACCUGGCAAACCCAUUUUCCGGGACCUGUCUUUCACCAUACCCGCCGGUAAAAACGUCGCCAUUGUGGGCGGCUCUGGCUCAGGAAAAUCGUCGAUGGUGCGCCUUCUCUUCCGCUUCUUUGAGCCCAACUCUGGCAAAGUGUUGAUCGGUGGCCAGGAUAUCAGCGCCGUAGACUUGGAGAGCCUGCGCAAGGUUAUUGCCGUGGUGCCGCAGGAUUCGGUGCUGUUCCACAACACCAUCGAGCACAAUAUCCACUACGGCAACCUGUCCAAGUCACACGCGGAGGUGCAGAACGCUGCCCGUAUGGCAGAUUUGCAUGACUCCAUCAUGAGCUGGCCAGGUCAGUACUCCACCCAGGUGGGCGAGCGAGGAUUAAAGCUAUCCGGCGGCGAGAAGCAGCGCGUCGCCAUCGCUAGGGCCAUACUAAAGAACACACCCAUUCUGAUCUUCGACGAGGCCACCAGCAGUCUGGACUCGAUCACUGAGCAUAACAUUCUGCAGGCUCUGACCCGCGCUACCUCAGGACGCACCAGCAUUUGCAUUGCCCACCGUCUCUCCACGGUCAAGGAUGCGGACGAGAUUCUGGUGCUCGAGAAUGGACGUGUGGGUGAACGCGGCACCCACUCGGAGCUUCUGAGGCAGAAUGGUCUGUAUGCCCGCCUCUGGGAGACACAGACGCAGCAGUUCGACCCGAGCCGGGGUAACAAGGAGGAGGCGGCAGCGAAGGAGACGCGUGGCGUGGCGUAGACGAGGCUCCUAGCCUAUGUAUGUGUUUGUUAUAAUGUUAUAACCAUCCCCUUCGUUUGGCCCUCCCUAGCCACUAAAUUCACUGUAGAAUCCUCCCGGCCCGGAGAUUCGCUAUUCAUAGGUUUAAAGUAUCAUUUUGACGUUUGUAAAUACAGCUGUAGAUAUGCGAUAAGAGAAA